AUGGCUGUAACAGAAAUACCAAAGUCUGUGAUACAGAAGCUAAUAUUUUUCACGGUUGCUAUGGUUAUCUUUCCGCUAUCAACGUUUUUCGUUAUGCAUAAUUACACUAAUAACAAUAUCCUAAGUGGUGGUUUAGCUGCUGGUGCAGCCAAUUUGGUGCUAAUAGGAUACAUCGUCGCAGCAUUUCUUGAGGAUUCUGAUUCGAGCCCAAAGAAGGAUGGCAAGAAGGAGAAAUGA